CUUGUUCAGACACUGUCAUCGCACAAAGGAUAUUUGAGGAUGGAGUUUCUUUUUGCCACAGUCUUUCCUCUCUUCAUUCUCUUUCUUCCAGUCGUAGGAAUCUUGCUUUAUUUCAAACCUUGAAGCCACGCAGCCCCUCAGCGGCGCAGAGAACUUUGAGGACAGAAGUACGAAAAGAACUCCGGCCACCCGUCGUACACUCGCUGUUUGUGUUUCCCACUUCUGUAAAUAAACUCUUGCUGCAGGCUUGUAGGACAUUCGUGUGUCUGUAUGACACCAACAUAACAAGUCCAUUUUGAGUGUCAUCGCACAGAUUCGGAUCCUUUGAGAUGGAGUUUCCUUUUGCCCCAGAAUUUCCCUACAUUCUUUUCUUCCUUCCAGUCGUGGGCAUCUUAUUGUAUUUCUACGGGACCUGGUCCUUCGGUGUCUGGAAAUCAUUAGGCGUGGAUGGCCCCAAGCCAACUCCAUUUUUCGGUCACCAGCAGGAGCUGAAUACAAAAGGCAAUGAGGUCAGCGUUCAGAAAUGGUCACAGACCUAUGGUAAAACAUUUGGCAUCUAUUCAGGAACUCGACCAAUGUUAGUGACCACUGACCUUGACAUUUUGAAAGAAGUGCUUGUGAAAGAAUUCAACAAGUUUACAGACAGAUUUGACUCGUUCGAUAUUUUCCCAGAAGGACUUCGAAGCAAUUUGUUUAGUGCAGCAGGAGCACAGUGGCACAGGGUCAGACAGAUCAUGACCCCAACUUUCAGUAGUGGCAAACUGAAAAUGAUGGACAGUCAUAUCAACACGUGCAGUGCUCACCUGAUUGACAACAUGAAAAAGGCCAUCAACAAAGGGGAAAGAAUUGAUGUUAAGAAAGUUUACGGAGGUUUUACCAUGGAUGCGAUCGCGCGAACAGCAUUUGGAAUAGAAAUCAACUCCCAAGAGGAUCUGAAUCAUCCUUUCGUCAAGGACGCGUCGCUUCUGUUGUCUUUUGUCUCCUCUAAUCCAUGGUAUCGAGUGCUUCUGACGGCUGUGCCAUUUCUCAUGACGGUUGUGAAGUUCCUGGUCACCUACGUCUUUAAACAACAAGGGUGGACGCCGUUCUCCGAAACUGUUCUACGCAUCAUACAACAGAGAAAGUCCGAGGGAAGAUGUGCACAAAAGCACACAGAUUUUCUUCAGAUGAUUCUCGAUUAUGAGGACAAUGAAAAGCCGGAAAAUAAACGACUGAAAUCCUUAUCAGACGCUGAAGUCCUUGGGCAAGCCGUCGUCAUUUUUCUUGGUGGAUAUGAGACGACAUCCACCACCCUGCAGUUUCUGUCGUACAACCUGGCACUUCAUCCUGAUGUACAGGAGAAAAUUUGCAGGAGAUCAAGGACCAGCUUGGGUGAUGUUACCUACGAAGGUGUGGCAAAGCUGAAGUAUCUGGACUGCGCCAUCAACGAGACACUCCGAAUGUAUCCUGCUGUGAACAUAGUAAACAGACUGGCCUCGGAAACAGUGACAAUCAAAGGUGUGACAAUCCCCAAGGGCGCUGGAGUGUUGAUUCCUAUCGUCAACGUGCUGAAUGAUCCAGAAUAUUUCCCUGAACCUGAUAAGUUCAUUCCUGAACGGUUUUCUGAAGAAAAUAAAGGGAGCAGGAACCCUAUGGCCUUUCUGUCAUUUGGGUAUGGUCCUCGUCUGUGUAUUGGCAUGCGCUUGGCCCUCUUGGAGAUAAAGAUUGCCAUGGUUCACGUGCUUAGGGCAGUUAAAUUCAUCAAGACAGAUGAUUUGCAGAUAAUUCCCUUACCUGUGCUGAUGGCCAAAGACCAAACUGAUGAGUUGGGGUGUCUGGAUGUAUGUAUGCGAUACAAAGAACCGAAAGUACUCCGUGUGCAGUUUCGCCUACACGACAGGAUAAAAGCCAGAGGGACGGACUCAGACAGACAGUGUCUGCACACACCCCAGUCCUGUCAGAUGGAGCUUCCUUUUGCCACAGAGUUGCCCUUGUUUCUUCUCUUCCUUCCAGUCGUCGGCCUCUUGGUCUAUUUAUACAAGACCUGGUCCUUCAGUGUCUGGAAAACUUUAGGAGUCGAUGGACCAAAGCCAACUCUACUUUUUGGUAACCAGCAGGAGUUGAAUAAAAAUGGCAAUGAGGUCAGCAUUCAGAAAUGGUCACAGACCUAUGGCCGAACAUUCGGCAUCUAUUCAGGAUCUCGCCCUCUCCUGGUGACCACUGACCUUGACAUUUUGAAAGAAGUGCUCGUGAAAGGUUUUAACAAGUUUACGGACCGAUUUGACUCUUUCGAGAUUUUUCCAGAGGGACUUAAAAGCAAUUUGUUUAGUGCAGCAGGAGCACAGUGGCACAGGGUCAGACACCUCAUGACCCCAACUUUCAGUAGUGGAAAACUGAAAUUGAUGGACGCUCAUAUCAACAAGUGCAGCGUUCAACUGAUUAACAACAUUGAGAAGGCGAUUGACAAAGGGGAAAGAGUUGAUGUCAAGAAAGUUUACGGAGCCUUCACUAUGGACGUGAUCGCGCAAACAGCAUUUGGAAUAGAAAUCAACUCCCAAGAGGAUCUGAACCAUCCUUUCGUCAAGAGCGCGACACUUCUGGUGUCUUUUGUCUCCUCUAAUGCUUGGUACCGCGUGGUUCUGAUGGCAAUGCCGUGUCUGAUGCCGGUUGUGAAGUUCCUGGUAACCUACGUGUUUAAACAACAAGGGUGGACGCCUUUCUCCGAAACUGUUCAGUGCAUCAUGCAGCAGAGAAAGUCCGAGGGAAAAAGUGCACAAAAGCACACAGAUUUCCUUCAGAUGAUUCUCGAUCAUGAGGAAAAUGAAAAGCCGGAAAAUGGGAGACUGAAAUCCUUAUCAGAAGCUGAAGUCCUUGGACAAGCCACUGUCAUUUUGCUGGGUGGAUUUGAGACGACGGCCACAACCCUGCAGUUUCUGUCCUACAACCUGGCUCUUCAUCCCGAAAUACAGGAGAAGGUGGUGCAGGAGAUCAAGGACCAGCUUGGUGAUGGUGAUGUUACCUAUGAAGAUGUGGCGAAGCUGAAGUAUCUGGACAAGGUCAUCCACGAGACACUUCGAAUGUAUCCGCCUUUAAACAUAAUAAACAGACUGGCCUCGGAAACAGUGACAAUCAAAGGUGUGACAAUACCCAAGGGCGCUGGAGUGUUGAUUCCUAUCGCCAACGUGCUGAAUGAUCCAGAAUAUUUCCCUGAACCUGAUAAAUUCAUUCCUGAACGGUUUUCGGAAGAAAAUAAAGGGAGCAGGAACCCUAUCUCUCUUCUGCAAUUCGGGUUUGGCCCUCGUAUUUGUAUUGGCAUGCGCCUGGCCCUCUUGGAGAUGAAGAUCGCCAUGGUUUACGUGCUCAGGAGAGUCAAAUUCAUCAAGACGGAUGAUUUGCAGGGAAGAAUUAGAAUUCGGCCUGGGAGUCUGGUGAGUGGCCCAGAGCGACCUAUAAUGAUCAAAGCCGUGCUGCGAGAGUGAAGCCAAUCCACUGAACUCUGACCCCACAAACAUCCUCUCUGGUGUAUAUUUCCUGGCCAGGCCUGGCUGAGUGACACCUGUGCUUUCUGUCAAUAACAUGUAAACAUUUCCUCCAACACUUUGAUGUUAACAAUAUUUUGUAAAAUAUAUUGCUUUCAUCGUUUUAUCAAUAGCCAAUCAAAGAAAACACUAGAAAAUGUACAGUUAAGAAAUCUUUUUAUUUCAAUCUCAAUCGAAAGUCAAGGCCAGCAGUGGUCCUGGGACGUUCACGCAUGCAUUUUUAUGCUGCUUUGUUGUGCACAUUUUUUUUUGUUCAAAAGUAAAGAUUAUUGCAAAAAUCUGUUUUCUAAAAUCUGCAAUGAGUCAUAUGGCCUCCUUUCUCAAUGAAAUUAAAAUACAAGUCUUACAGAAAAUGUUUAUUCAUGUUUGAAAUGAAAUCUGUAAUCUCACAGCAACAUAGCUACUAAGAAGAUAUUAUUACAGUCUAUGGAGCACUGCACAUAAAGUUGAUAUGUUUUCUUAUAUUACUUUUUAAUCAUAAAAAUACAUCAAUAGAGUACUGCAUAUAAAGUUUAUAUGUUUUCUUGUAUUACGUUUUAAUCAUAAAAAUAAAUUUUGUCU